GCCGGGCGGGUGGCGGACAGUGCGCGGUGGCCGUUAGCAACGUCUGAGGGGCGGCGCGCGCGCACGUGUGUGGGCGAAUGAGUGGUGCCGACUGACGGCCCAGUUCGCGCGCGUUGAUCGCCUGCUGACGGCGGCUGCAGUCUGCAGUAUGACGCCAUCUCGCUGGUGUACCUGGCGCUGCUGCUGGUGUGCCCUCUGGUACCGGCGCCCACGCGGCGCUCCUGGCACGGGCCGCUAGGCUCGUACCUGAAGGCGUGCCUGAUCAUCACCCUGCUGGCGCUCCUGCCGAUGCUCUGCUUCCAGAUCGCCCUGUUCGCAUUGCCGCCAUACGGACACUUCUUGCGGAAAUGCGACUUCCUGGAGACCCUGCUGCGGAACGUAGGCCUCAUCAGCCUGGAGCAGAUCUCCAUCCUCUCCGCGGUCUUUUACUUUGCGUCAAAGCUGUUACCUGCUGUCAUCACUGCAGUUGUCUUCCGAGAGUGCCGAGAGCUGUCGCGACAAGCCGACGGCCCGGAGGCGGACAUCCAGAACGGUGGCGGCUCGCCUCUCUUCCGCAACUCGCGCGAGAAGCUGCAAAAGGACGGGCUCAAGUACUGCCUCGUGACGGUACUGACCCUGCUGGCACUGGCCGGGGCGGCCAUCAUGCGACCGAGCGUGACCUCAGCGGUGUACCUGCUGACCCUGCUCGGGGCCAUGACCUGGUGGGCGUGUUUGCGGACGCUGGGGCGGCCCUUCGGCAUCAUCUGCCGCCUCCUGAUGGUCUUCUCGGGCCUCCACCUGGCCGUGGUCUACACCUACCAGAUGCAGUGGGCGCAGGUGUACCUCGACCACACCAGCUUAGGUGCCAGGCUCGGCGGUCUAGUCCAGAUUCGGGUUACAAACUGCACCGGAGACCCGCGCGACAUGACCUUCGCCGAGACCACGUGGGACGUCUACUUCUAUCCGCUGGUCAUCUACGCGCUCUACUACAUGCUGGCUUUCGAGUCCAGGAUCCUCAUCAACCUACGGGACCCGCGUCUGCUGGAGGCGGUGUUGGAUGUUCCCUUCAAGAGGGUCAGCCGCUCACUGCGCAAAACGUUCCGACGCAGGGCCGGUCGCCAGACGGUCACAUGCGGCUCGCGAUCCGGUCCUCCCGUUCGUUCCAUCCGGGCCUUUGGCCAGGUGCCGUGCUCAGAUUCCAAAGAAACGUUCCAACUGGUGGAGGCCGACAGCCUGGGCUCGCGAUACCACGCCAUCGGUGACGCAGCAUCGCCAGGGAACGACAUCGAUGAGUCGGUGGAGGCGCGCAGCCGGCACCAGCGCUGGCAGCGGCUCUCCACCACCGUCUACACGGUCUGGCGCGCCCUGACGAGGGCGUCCUUCCUGGCCACCUACGUGGUUAUGAUGUACUGGUCAAUCAAAUACCACAGCUACCCGACGUUCGUCUUCCUCGUUUGGGCGCUGGUGGUGGCCGUUAUCAAGAACCAGCGCAUGGUGAUGCACCGCUCGUCGCCGUUCCUCGUCAUGUACGCCCAGCUGCUGGUAAUGCUGCAGUUCGUCUACUGCCUCGACCUCACGGACAGUGAGCUGCCGGUCCAAGUGAACAACUUCGACCUGCGGGACGUGGUGUUCAAGCCCGCCGAGUACCCGUGCGAGACGCUGGCGCUGCAGCUGGUGUUCACCACCGUGUUCUGGCUGACGCUGCGCCAGUACCUGCAGGAGGAGCGGGAGCGCAACAUGGACAUCCAGCUGACGCCCCGACGACGUCUAUCGCUCGAUGACGGCUUGCUGAAACGGUGGGGAGCCGUGCUCUUCAAGGGGAUCGUGCGCGGCUGGAUCGUGCUGGUGGCCAUCAUGCUGUUCGUCUACGGCAUCGGCGAGGCGCGCGUGGUCAUCAUCCAGAUCUUCUACAUGGCCUUCUUCCUCGGCUUCAUAUCGCUGUUCCAGAUAUCGUUCCGCGUGUGGCGGCGGCUGCUGUAUGGCUUCACCAUGACCCUGAUCAUGUACCAGAUGUUGGUGCUGGUCACGAUUUACCUAUACCAGUUCAAGCACGUGAACGAGUGGAUCACAGACCUCGGUAUAUCAAAGCAGUGGCAGCGAGACCUGGGCCUGGAGGUUUACCAGACAGGCAGGCUCUUCAUCAAGCUUCUGUUCCCGACGCUCUUCAUGAUCGUCUGCGUUGUAUACAUCCAGCAUAUUCAUAAAGAUUUCAUGGCUCUCACAAACGAGGAACAUUACCACAGGCCUCCGCAGCCGACCGGCGGCGUCAGCACUCCUCCGCCGGCCUCGCCGCCACCAGCCGUGCCCAGCUUCAGCCCCGCCGCCGACACGGCGGCGAACACCACAGCGGACACGGCGGGCACAGCGGACACGGCGGGCACAGCGGACACUGCGGACACGGCGGACACGGCGCCAGUGGCUGAGCAGGAGGAGGAGAUGGCUGUUCUGCCCGAGGGCCUGCUGGAGGUGCCGACCGAACCUCACGGGCCGCCGCUGGACGAGACCUCCAGCCUGCGCGAGAUGAGGGGCUGGCUGUUCCAUUACUGCGCCCGCAUCUGGAACCUGUUCGUGGCGGUGCUGGACAAGGUGUUGUGGAUCUUUUGCCGCCUGAUGGAGAUCCACGGCAUGAAGGUCAACUUGUUUGCCCUCAUGAUGAUCACCGUAUUCGAUGUGUGCGCGGUGCACCUGUGCCUGCUCCUGCUGGUCUGCGUGGCGUUUCUGCUGCGCUCCUGGGGACGCCAGAUCAGCUGCGACGUCGCCAUCUGCUGGAUCAGCCUGCUGCUGCUGUUGCGCAUGAUCUACCAGAUGGACGUGAUCCCCGGGGACCUGUGGUCCCUCAACUGCACGGUUCCUGACCAGAACACCACCCUGCUGAGCCACCUGCCCAACACAACGGUGGACGCGCUGACCUGGCUGGGUCUGGAGAAGCGGACCCACCUGCCCGACUACGUCAGCGGCUACAUUGCCGCGAUAAUCGUGCUGACGGUGAACAAGUGCGUCUCGGUGCGCACCGUGUACCGCUCGCUGCAGCUGGGCCAGGCGCCGCAGGAGGGCGUCUUCUUCGCCGGCGUCGGCAGGCAGCAGGCCGAUUGCGGCCUCGUCGAGAUGGUCAAGUACCUUGUCAACUACGGCUUCUACAAAUUCGGCGUCGAGCUGACGCUGUUCGCGCUGGUGGUGCUGGUCGGCGCACGGCUGGACGUGGUCUCGUUCAUGUACUCGCUCUGGCUGUGCGGCCUGUUCAGCCUGCGUCGCGCCACGCUGGCCAAGGUGUGGCCGGUGUUCGUCGUCUUCGCCGCCUGUCUGACGCCGCUGCAGUACCUGAUGUGCCUGGGCCUGCCGCCCGCCCUCUGCAUCGAGUACCCGUACACGUCCAUGAUAUCUCCGGAACUGACGUUCUGGCUGUAUCUCCCCGACUACCAGACGUCACCAUUGGCACCCAAACUGAUGGCGGACUUCUUCCUGCUGCUGCUGGCCUGCUGCCAGCGCCAGGUGUUCCAGCUGGAGUCGGCCGAGGGCGACCGCUACCUGGGCGGCAGCAACACGCCCAUUGAUGAACACCAACUGGGCGCAGGCUACGUCAACGCCGUGCCAGACUAUAUCACCAGAAAGGGGACAUACCUGGACGUUUUGAAGCGGGUCAUCUUCUUCUCCUGCUACUGGCUGACGUUGGUCGUUGUUUUCCUGGCGGGCAUCAACCGCAUCACCCUGUUGUCGCUGCUCUACGUGGCGAGCGCCUUCAUCUUCCUUUGGAAGGGCAAUGACUACUACCUCCUUCCCUUCAAGGACAUACGGAGGAGGUGGAUCCUGCUGAUCACCUACAGCGUGGUGGUCAUCACGCUCAAGAGCUCCGUCUUCCAGAUGAUGGGCUGCGUCUUCCUGCCCUUCUUCAUGAACAACGCGUGCUGGCUCGUCCAGCUGAUGGGCAUCGGCUGCCUGCGCCAGAUGGAUCACAUGCCAACCGAAACAGUGCGCUCCGACAAGUGUCCGGUGCCCCACUCGGAGGCCGGCCUGCUCUGGGACGGUCUGGUCUUCUGCUGUCUGCUGCUGCAGCUGCGUUUUUUCUCCAGCCACUAUUUCCAGCACCUGGUGCUGGAGACCCGGGCGCAGCAGAUGCUGGCCAGCAGCGGCGCCGAGAUGAUCGAGCGCGAGCGCAGGAAGACGAUUGCCAAGCGCCAGGCGGAGGAGGAGAAGGCCAUGGCCGACAUCCGGCGCAAAAUGGAGCGCAUCAAGGAGCAGCGCAUCCAGAAGCACCGCCAGAAGUAUGACAACCACUACCAAGCCGGCACCGACUCGCUGAUGAGCACGCCUCUGAACUCGCUGCCGGCGCGGCUGUGGGGCGAGCGCAGUCCGCGGCUGUCUCUGAACCCGCCGACGGCCGGCACCCCGUCCUCCACCGCCCCCACCUUCUCGCUCGACGGCUUCAUGGAGGCGUCGACGUCGGUGGCGCAGGGCCUGCCCUCGCCAUCCGACGCGUCCAGCGUCUCCUCGGUGCCCGCUCCGCCCCUGGACCGGCCGCUCAUCGGAUACGUGAUCCACUCUUGUGCCGCUGAAGACCUGGAGCUGGAUCUGGAGCGAGAGCUGGAGGAGCCGCCGCCGGAGCUGGCGCCGCCGCCGGAGGACGGUGGCCGCGAGAUAUCGCCCGGCCAGCUGCUGCUAUCAGGCAUCAUGAAGGACUUCAGCUCGGCGGCCGAGGACGCCCGCCGCGCCCGCCGCAAGUCGGGCGAGGAGCAGCCGCCGGCGCCGGUCCGGCGCCGUGGCACGCUGCAGCGCGCCAAGUCACACCACGUGCCCAGCCGGCAGGGCUCGCCUCGCGCGCGGCUGACGCGGCUGCACAGCGACCCGGCGCCGCGCACCCAUCCGCCGCCCAUCUCCAGCCUGGCGACGCUGCAGUCGCAGGACUCCGCCGACGACGACGAGCCGCUGGUGGCGCCGCGUGACGACGCCGAGCGCGAUGACUCGGAGUCGGAGGAGGGCGCCGGCCGGAGAGCACUAGCCUCCCUGCUGAGUCGGACAAUCCUGGGUCUGAAGUCGGCCGGCAACUUCCUGCUGGAGUUCGCCGCCAGUAUUUUGAUCGCGCUCACGGUCAAGUUGAACAACGUGUCGGCCGACUACCGCUACAUCGCGAGGAAGCUCUCCAAGGAGAAGCGACGCCUCAAGGAGUCAUGGCAGCGUGGUCAGCCGGCGCCUGCGCCGGCACCGGUGGUGCCACCCGCCCAGCCUGCCGCCGCCGACCCCGGAGCCGGCGGCGAUGCGCCCCUCGUCUACCUCACCCCGGACGGCACCCCGCAGCUGGGCGGGAGCGAAAGGAAGCCGCCGUCGUCCGACGCCAUGGUCGUCGCGGCGUGUGAUGGUGACGGAGACGGGGACGGGGACGACGGUGUGAAGCACCAGGUCUCUGACGACCUGAGCACGGCCAGUGCCCGUCAGAUCCUGGAGCAGCUGGCCGUGGCCCUGUGGUACGCUGUCGUCAGCCGCUCGGAAAUGGUGGCCUACAUCGUGGUCUUCAUCAACCAGAUGAAGUCGGCGUCGAUUCUGUCUCUGCCGCUGCCGAUGAUGGUGUUCUUCUGGGGCAGCCUGUCCGUGCCGAGACCCAGCAAGACGUUCUGGGUGACAAUGAUCGCCUACACAGAGACCAUCAUCAUCAUCAAGUACAUGUUCCAGUUCGACUUCUUCCCCUGGAACCACAUGCAGAAGCUGAACGACCCGUUCUGGCCGCCGCGUAUCCUGGGCGUUGAGCAGAAGGAGCAGUACACCGUGUACGACCUCGUCCUCCUGCUCAUCAUCUUUUUCCACAGGCUGGUGAUGAAGACGCUCGGCCUGUGGAAGGACGUGGACGACGAGGCGGUGCCGGAGCCGGCCGCGCCGCCGCCGCCGCCUCCGGACCAUCUGGGUGCCCCGGAGCGCUCUGUGGCAGAGCGCGGCCGCGCUGCCGCCCAGAAGGCCCGCAGCGAAGUCAUGGAGGGUUUCAAGUUUUACCUAUCGGCGACGAGCGAGUUCUUCAAGUCGCUGUUGUCCACCUCGGGCAAGGAGAAGGUGGACGUUUACGCAUACAUGUUCAUCUGUGACUUCAUCAACAUGUUUGUGGUGCUCCUCGGAUUCUCCUCCUUCGGCCCGCCACAGGGAGGCGGCGGCGACAUCUCGUCGGUGGUGGAGGAGAACCGCGUGCCCAUCCCAUUCCUCAUCAUACUGUCGCUCAACUUCCUGCUGAUCCUAGUCGACCGCGCCCUCUACCUGCGCAAGACGGCGCUGUGGAAGCUGGUGUUCCAGUACGUGCUGGUCGUGGUCGUGCACGGCUGGCUUUUCUUCACGCUGCCCGCCAUGACCGACAGGGAGUUUAACCAGGCAGUGGCUCCUCGCGUGUGGUACAUGAUCAAGUGCAUCUAUCUGCUCUUCUCGGCAUACCAGAUUCGGUCGGGCUACCCCACCCGCAUUCUGGGGAACUUCCUCACCAAACAGUACACAAUCUUCAACAAGACGGCCUUCAGAGGGUUUAUGCUGAUUCCGUUCCUGUACGAGCUGAGGGCCCUGAUGGAUUGGAUGUGGACCAAAACAUCUCUAGAUAUCUUUAAUUGGCUCAAGAUGGAGGAUAUUUAUGCCCAUAUAUUCUUGAUCAAGUGUCAGCGCGUGCAGGAGGAGACGCAGGUGUACGUGAGCGGCGAGCCGCGGCGCACCACCGAGAAGUGUGUGUUCGGCGGCGGCUGGCUCCUGCUGAUCGUCGCCGUCAUCUUCGCGCCGCUUGUCGUCUUCGCGCUGAGCAACGCGGUCGGCCUGCCGAACGUACCAUACGAGGUCACCCUGGAGCUGAGCGUGGGAGCGUACGAGCCCGUGUUCCGCAUGACGGCCGAGCAGAACUCGCUGAUCAGCAUCACGGAGAAGGACCUGGACGACAUCAGCUUCCACUACCGCAGCGACCGGGGCGCGCUCGGCUUCCUCGCCGAAUACGACUACGCCGACAUCAACAUCGUGCAGCUGAGUGGCAAGUCGACAGCCGUCUGGGCCAUCUCUCCUCCGUCUCAGGCCCGGCUCAUCGAAGACCUGACCGGUAACGACACCAUGUCGCUCAAGCUCGCCUGGUACGUGAAGCGGAUCUCCAACUCGGCGGCCGUGGCGGCCGAGUCGCACGACUACCGCAAGGUCGACCUGCCGCCGUACAUCAAAGACCGGAGGAAUCCGACCCGGCAGCGGCUGGCGGCCAUGCUGCGCGGCGAUCUGCCGGCCGGCUCCAGCGUCUCCAUCGACCACGUGUUCCCCAAGUUCAUCCGGGUCACUAAUCAGGGCAAGGCCGGCCUGGCCAGUGAGUUGAUGGAUGCCACAGCGACGGACGCCGAGCCCGGCUGGCGCGCCCUCAACCUGACACUGAUGCGCGACAACGAGACUGAGGUCGAGUGGUGGGAGGUGCAGGAGGACUGUAGCGACGGCCUCUACAACUGGCUGCCCUACGCCACCUGCAGCCUGCUCGUCAUGGCCUGCUUCAGCCAGCGCUCCUUCCCCAGCACGCUGACCUUCUUCACCGGCGCCGGCAUCAUCGGCUCCUACACCACCUUCGUCCUGGUCAUCGGGAGACUGUGUCGCACGCCUUUCGUCGACAUCUCCUUCCACAUCAUGUUCGACGAGCUGCCUUACGUGGACCGCAUUCUCCAGAUAUGCGAAGACAUUUAUCUCGUUCGAGAGCGAGGCAACCUGGCUCUAGAAGAGGAGUUGUUCGCCAAGCUAAUCUUCCUCUACCGAUCACCCGAAAUGAUGAUCAAAUACACCGAGCCACCGAGAGAAGACAACAGCCAGUAGCGGACGCCGGACGGGCGGACGUAUGGUGCGAUGUUUUGGGGACACCUAACCCCAAGCCGAGUCGCGCGACUCACGCGCGUGACGUGUGACGUCGCGUGAGGUCGUGUGCCUGCGUGACCGUCUGACGGCGGCACAAGCGCCAUGCGGCCGCCGUCCCGUCAGUGCGGGCUGGGGCAGCGGCGCCUGCCCGGAGCCGACUCGCCGUACUCGGGCGCGCCCGACCCGCCAGCCGGCCAUCGACUCUCCAAGCGGCCCGACCGGCCUGGGCUGUGCGGAGCGCCGGCAGGGCCGGCCGUACAGUGGCCGACGGGCCCGGCCGACCGCGGCCUGUCCGCGACCGGUGGCAGCCCGCGGGCCAGGGAUGCCAGCCCAGACCUCGCCAGUGUUGCUGGCCGCCUUUUUUAGUGAUUCGGAGCCGUGUUUUGAGCAGGUGAUGAGUGGGGAGGAGUCAAGUCCCGCGGCGCCGGUAUCAGUUCGGGUUUUGUGAGGAGCUGUAGCCCGUUAAACUCCUGUCUUUGCGUUUGAUAGACGAGCUUUUUGUCGCGAAAAAUUGAACUGCUGCCUUUUCUUGUCUGUGCUGGUUUUACGGCGAUUCUUGUCAAUGUUUCUUUUGAUCUGUCGAAGAAGGCGGUGACAGACCUUGGCCCGCACUGGGUGUGUUAAGGGAAAAAACGCUGUUAAAAUGUUGUGUUAGCCUGCUAUCUAUGAUUUGAUUAUACAAUGUCUGUAGUGUUCGUAUGAUGUUCGCGUUAUGUUGUCUUUCACCGGAUUCCUGAACUUGUGGUCCGAUGGGAUGCAGAAGCGCUGUCGAUGCCCUGGCACCAGAACCCAGCAUCCGUUUUGUCAUUACGAGAGAUGAGGUUUUGUCUGCAAGUCGACGUUGUGAGCUCGCUUGAUGACAGCGGGUAGCCGGAGGUCUGAGGCCGGAGUGACACUGGCGCGCGGUGCGCACCUCCCUCACACAAAACUCGCGUCAGAGGACGCCCUCAGUGGUGGAUGGCGGCUGCUCUAAGCCGCUGGCAGCACUGGGGUGAUCCCAGCGCCGCUUGUGACGUGCCCGCCGUGGCAGCGGCUGUACGCUGCCGGUCUGUACGUGUGUUGACGGCUACCGCCGGCGGCGGCAGUGGCAGACCCCUGUCCCGGACGGCGAGCGGCUGGCGGAGGGAGGCCGCGUCGCCCAUACCGCGCCAAGUCACCCGAGGUGGCCGGGACUCGGCGGGCGUCGCAGACUGCUGGCGAGCGUGGGCUGCCCCCAUCCCCGAGGUCGGGUGCCGCUAGCGUCCUCGCCAGUUCCGCUCUGUCCGUAUUUAUUGCAUAUGCUGUGUCGAAUACACGGUGUCAACGUG